CAUAAUGUAUCAUUUUCAUGGUGUAUAAAUAUAGUGAGCUAGAAAGGGCUUUCGUGCUCUAUCUGGAUCAUUCAUCUUCCUCCUUUUCUAGAGAGUUCCUCUUCAGCUCCCUCCAUUGUUCUUUCCAAAGAUGGCCAGAAUUGCCUUUGGUCGCUUUGAUGAUUCUUUUAGUUUAGGCACUUUGAAAGCCUAUCUGGCUGAGUUUAUCUCCACUUUGCUCUUUGUUUUUGCUGGUGUCGGUUCUGCCAUAGCCUACAACAAGGUGACAGCAGAUGCGGCUCUUGAUCCUUCAGGGCUGGUGGCAAUUGCCAUUUGCCAUGGUUUUGCACUCUUUGUCGCCGUUGCCGUUGCUGCCAACAUCUCUGGAGGCCAUGUCAACCCCGCUGUCACCUUUGGCUUGGCUCUCGGUGGCCAGAUCACCAUCCUCACUGGCAUCUUCUAUUGGAUUGCCCAACUUCUUGGUUCUAUCGUCGCUUGCUUCCUCCUCAAGGCUGUCACAGGGGGCUUGCCAAUUCCAAUCCACAGCCUUGCUGCUGGAGUUGGCGCCAUUGAAGGGGUCGUGAUGGAGAUCAUCAUCACGUUUGCCCUGGUUUACACCGUCUAUGCCACAGCAGCUGACCCCAAGAAGGGUUCAUUAGGCAUCAUUGCACCCAUUGCCAUCGGUUUCAUUGUUGGUGCCAACAUCUUAGCUGCCGGCCCAUUCUCUGGCGGUUCCAUGAACCCAGCCCGCUCAUUUGGGCCUGCUGUCGCCAGUGGAGACUUCCAUGACAACUGGAUCUAUUGGGUUGGCCCUCUCAUCGGUGGUGGGCUGGCUGGGCUUAUCUAUGGAAAUGUGUUCAUGCACUCAGAGCACGCACCUUUGUCCAAUGAGUUCUGAUUGAGCUAAGCUAAUUUAUUUGUGCCCUUAACAUGUCUAAUUCUAUGUAAUAGGAAUUUCAGGUUCUGUUUUUUCGUUUUCUUUUCUUUUUCGUUUUUUGAAUUUCGUUUUGAUUUGUUGAUGUAAGCUCUAUUGCCCUCGACUGCUGCUUUUAUGAACAUGGAUGAGGUUUGUUGAUGUUCAGCUUCAGCCACCCCCCCUUUUUUUUUUUUUUUUUUUAUCAUUUCUGUCCUUUGCUUUAGUGAUUAUGGUCCUAUCAUUGCAAUAUCAAUAAAUAAUAUUUUUGAAA